AUCGUGUGACGAGAGCGACGCGACAUCGAUCGCGAGAACACCACUUCUCCUUCUCCAUGGCGCGACCGACCCCAAAGCUCUAGCUAUAUCUAGCACCGUUUGUUCGCUAGUGUCCUUGCGAUGCAUGCUUCUUUCUUCUUCCUCCCCCGGCCUCUCUCCCCCCCUGUAGUGUAUAGGAUGUGGCAAGCAACGCGCUUGCUCUGAUCGACCCAUCGGCGAAGCUUAAUUUAAUUAAUUUAUUAUUUAUUAACUUAUUAUCAAGGUAUCCUUGAUUCUAUUUAUAUAUUUAUUAAUUUAUUGGCGUCCAUGGAGUCCGGCGGCGGAACCCCGAGGCCGCAGCCGGUGUCCUCGCGGCGGCUGGGGCGCGUCCAGAGCGCGGCCUCCCGCGCCGGCGCCGGCGCGUUCCUCUACGACGGGAUGCGCUCCGCGCCGAUCUUCUCGUCCGCCACCUUCGCGCGCUCCCUCCGCAAGGCGGCCUCCUUCGGCAGCAGCCACAACAAGAAGCCCAGCGUCAUCGCGGGGGACGUCGCGCCGCCACGGCGGGCGCUGAGCAGCAAGGACCAGAACACUGACGCCGCGGCGGUGACGCUGUCCCCUCGCCGGUCGCUGCCGGAGCCGGGCAGGCAGGGUAAUUGCUGGGAGCCGACGCGGCGGCGGGGGCGGAGCACCGGCGCGAGUUCGACGUCGCCGGAGUACGCCGCCGCCGGGAGGGGGUCGCUGGCCUGCGCGCUGAGGGAGACGCCGGCGGCGGCGGCGCGCAAGAUAAAGGAGGCCCCGACGGGCGAGAAGGAAGAGGACGCGCACCGCGCGCGCGUGCUUGCCACGCGGCUCCUCCAGUGGCGCUUCGCCAACGCCCGCUUGGAGGUCGCCGUGUCCCGAGCCACCUCCUCGGCCGAGAACAAGCUGUUCUACACGUGGCUGCGGGUGGCGGAGCUGCGGAACAUCCAGGCGGCGAAGCGGAUCGUGGCGCAGCGGCGGCGGCAGAAGCUGAAGCUGGCCAGGCUGCUGCGGCCGGAGCUCCCGCUCCUCGCGUCGUGGGAGCCACACGCCGCGCCGCACGCCGACGCCGUCGCCGGCCUCGCCAGCGCCCUCUCCGCCGCCUGCACCUCCGUCCCCGUCACCUCCGGCGCCCAAGCCGACAUGGAAGCGAUGCGCGAGACCAUUUCCGCCUGUGUCGACACGGUGACCGAGAUCGAAACAAACGCCGACACGUUCUACACCACGGCCGGAGCGACGAGCGGGACGCUGGGCGAGCUGGCGAAGACGAUAAGGGAGGAGGUGGAAGGGCUGGAGGAAGCCAUGCGGCUGGCGAGGAUCGUCACCCGGUUGCAGACGCAGGAGGUGAGCCUUCGAGCGAAUUUGGUACAGGCGAAGCAGAGACGGCUUGUGGACGGCGACAUGAUGCUCGUCCCGGGGAUUACGACUUCCGGAUGGUGCUUUUGAUCGCUCACCCGUUGUAAAUUAAGACAAGAUAAUUAAGGUGCUAGGUGCAAUACUUGUAUUGUAUCGGUCGUGAGUCGUGACAGGUAACAGGUUGAUGGGAUCGCCUCACCUCUCCCCACCUGCUUAAUGCAUGCGUAUGUCACUCGAAUAAAUCAAGUGUCUUUUUUGAGGCCAUGAAUCAAGUGUCUGUAACUCAAAUUAUUCAAGGUGCUGGACUGCACGAGUUUACAUCCAGAA